AUGUGGAGAGCAAGUGUGUGUGGGCACUCGAGAGCGAGGAAAUCACUGAACAUCUGUGCAAAGAUUCAGAAGCAGGAUGCCAAGGGCUGGCUGGCAGAGGUGAUAUCGUCGUUGCCACAUUUCGAGCUGACCCGGGUGGUUGUAACAUUGUGGGCGAUCUGGCAUGCGAGGCGGAAAGCAAUCCAUGAGACUAUGUUUCAGAGCCCAUUGUCAACUCACAAGUUUGUGGACAGGUUUGUUUUAGAACUGAACCUGUUGAACACCCAACCAAGUGAGAAGGGAGCGAGAGGCUCGGGUGCUCCCAGGUGGAUAGCCCCUCCAGCUGGUCUGAUGAAGAUCAAUGUUGAUGCAGCUAUGGCCAAAAAUUCCGGCGUUGUGUCGAUGGCAGCAGUGGCCCGUGACUCGGCCGGUCUGUUCAUGGGAGCUUCGGCGGUGGUCUCGCGUGAUAUUACAGACCCAGAGACGCUGGAGGUGCUGGCGUGCAGGGAAGGAUUGGCUCUAGCGAGCGACCUGCUGUUGCAGCGUCUAGUUGUCACGAUCCAAAACUUUUUAAUGUGA